AUGAACGGCAUUCAAGUUGAUAUAAACCAUUUGAAAAAGGGAGAAGUAAGCCUGGGUACUUCUAUUAUGGCUGUUACUUUCAAAGACGGUGUGAUUUUGGGUGCAGAUUCACGAACCACAACUGGUGCUUACAUAGCCAACCGUGUCACUGAUAAGCUGACGAGAGUACAUGACAAGGUUUGGUGUUGUAGAUCCGGCUCGGCAGCCGACACUCAAGCCGUCACUGAUAUUGUACAACACUAUUUGGAACUAUACACAGCUCAAUUCGGCGAGCCAUCUACGAAAACGGCAGCCUCCAUCUUCAAGACCCUGUGCUACGAAAACAAAGACAACUUGACAGCAGGUAUCAUCGUCGCGGGCUAUGACGAUAAAAAUAAGGGCGAGGUAUACAGCAUACCGCUUGGAGGGUCCAUACACAAACAGAAGUACGCAAUUGCGGGUUCGGGCUCUACUUUCAUCUAUGGAUACUGUGACAAGAAUUUCAAAGAAGACAUGACUAAAGAAGAGACGAUAAAUUUCAUGAAAAACUCCCUAGCCCAAGCAAUCAAAUGGGACGGAUCGUCUGGUGGUGUCAUCAGAAUGGUGGUUUUGACCAAAGAUGGGCCCGAACGUCUGAUCUUCUAUCCUGAGGAUUAUGAAACCUUGUAG